AUGGAGAGAGUUCAUGAAGAAGCUGGUUAUUCACCACUCGCUCAGCACAGCACAGCCUACCACCCACAGAUGGAUGGACAGAUGGAGCAGGUCAACCAAGUGGUGGAACAGUACCUCUGCAUGUACUGUAACUACGAGCAGGAUGACUGGGUUGCUUGGCUGCCGAUGGCUGCAUUUGUGUACAAUAACAUGGUCCACAGCAGCAUAGGAGUCUCUCCUUUCUUUGCAUGCUACAGGUGGAACCCAAAGUCUCACCCAGAGCUUCCAAAACAAGUUGGAAUACUCGACCCGAAGAAGAGCAAGUUUGCCACCUGCAGAGAAGACUUCAUGGUGUAUUUGCAGGACCAGAUCCGGCAGGCCCAGAGCCGAGUGGUGGCACAAUACAACUGGAAGCAGAAGGACAUGGAGUUCAAGGUGGGUGACAUGGUCUAUGUCAACCGGAAGAACUGGAAAAUGGCGAGACCUAGCCCCAAACUCGACACACAUCUAGUGGAGCUUGAGGUCACACCACAGCUAACAGAUGAAGAGUUGGAGUUUGAGGUAGAAGCCAUUGUCAGGAAGUGCAGACACAGUCUGCAGUGGGAGUACAAGGUGUUAUGGCAAGGCUACCCAGAAGAGGCAGCCUCAUGGGAACUGGUGGCCUGUCUCAAUUGCCCCAACCUCAUCCAGGAGUAUGAGGUUUCAGCAGGGGGAAGGAGAUAG